AUGACUCUCCCCAAGCCCAACGUCUCGCCCCCGAAGAAGGCAGUGAUAUUCCACAACAUUGCCAAGAUAGCGUCGGAGAGCGAUAAAUUCCGCAGGGUCCUCUUCACCGGACAGCACAGCCAACUGGUACUCAUGACCAUUCCAGUCGGAGGCGAGAUUGGAGAGGAAACGCAUCACGUUGACCAGCACCUCUACUUCGUCUCUGGGAAUGCUCAAGCGAUCACAGAUGGAAAACACAAGGAAGACAUCAGCCCUGGCGACCAUGUCAUCAUCCCUGCAGGGACGCUGCACAAUUUCGUCAAUACCGGACCGACACCUCUGAUCGUCUCCACGGUUUAUGCUCCUGCAGAGCAUAAGGCGGAUACGGUUCACGACAGUCUGUCGCAGGGCGAGAAGCUGGAGGAGGAGGGUAAGGAUGAGCCUCCGCAAUGGGCAAAGCAGUAG